CGUGUCACAUUUUCUCUAGACCUCUGUCGUGGGGGGAUCUACACACGGCCACAGAUAUCGAGAACGCCUUUUGGUGUAAUUCCAUCAUACAAUAAGGUUUUGCGUUUGUUUUGGAUCAAGGCGCAACUGGCCCGAUGCGUAAUGGGUGUUGUAGUUUUUUUGUGUUCUCAUAAUUCCGGAGUUGGGAGUAAGAGCCCCGAGGUUGGGGACUACAGGUCCCACGAUGCCUUGUAAAGUCAUGGUGACAGUUGGUAGGAACUGAAGUGUAGUCGUUACUGCUGAGAGUCUUCGCUGCUCACCCUGUUUCUUUUGGAAAUACGAUAUUGGAUUAAAAUAACCUUUAGAUUAAUGCAGCCAUACAUUUAAAAUAAGUUCUGUGGAGCCGCUGGUUUAUUGUGUUCCUUUCGUUUACAAAGAGUCGUGAAAGUAUUCAAUUUUACAAGGCUGUUUCUCAAACAACUGUCAGGAGAUUUCUGUUUUAACUGUAAAGCCGUGUCCUGUUAUAUUUAAGAUUGUAAACAUAUGGAAAACGCAGUUUAGCUAACGAGAAUAGUGUCUUUGAACGAGAACUGUUACUAUAUUUGAAACAUGGGAGUAGAAAGCCCGAAGUUAGACAAAUAUGGCCCUGUGGUGGACCUCUCUGCCCAGGGGAUCCAGAGGCUGGAGCCUUCUCUCCCCUGCCCCGCUGGUGCCCACACUCUCAUCCUGGACCGGAACCAGAUCAUAAAGCUCGAGCACCUGGAGAAGUGUGAGGAGCUCCUGCAGUUGUCUGUUGCCAAUAACCGUCUGGUACGCUUGAUGGGGGUAUCCAAACUGGUAAACCUGAGAGUGCUGAACUUGCCUAACAACAGCAUCGGCUACAUUGAAGGGCUGAAAGAUCUUGGACACCUGGAAUGGUUGAACCUGGCUGGGAACAACAUCAAGGUCGUUGAGCAGCUGAACAGCUGUGUGGCUCUUAAACAUCUGGAUUUGUCUGACAACAAUAUAUCACAGAUCGGUGACCUCUCAAGGCUUUCAAGCUUAAAGACUCUCCUCCUUCAUGGAAAUAUGAUAACUACUCUGCGGACUGUACCAGCUCACUUGCCUUCAGGACUGACCAUCCUGUCCCUGGCAGAGAAUGAAAUUCGAGACCUCAAUGAGGUGUCUUACCUGGCUCCCCUCCCUGAACUGGAGCAGCUAUCCAUCAUGAGUAACCCCUGUGUCAUGGCAACACCGUCUCUGCCUGGCUUUGACUACCGGCCAUAUAUAGUUAGCUGGUGUCUCAGUCUUAAGAUUCUGGAUGGUUAUGUGGUGUCUCAGAAGGAGGGUUUGAAAGCAGAGUGGCUUUAUAGCCAAGGCAAAGGACGCUCAUACCGCCCCGGACAGCACAUCCAGCUGGUCCAGUACCUGGCAACCGUCUGUCCUCUCACCUGCACCCCAGCAUUGCAGUCUGCAGAAGAUGCCAAGCUGGAGAAGAUACUGAACAAGCAGAGGCUUCAUCAAAAACAGCUCCUCCAGCAGACUGUGAAAGGAGGGCCCUUCUCAUCAUCCACACUGAGCCGACCCUCUUAUCUUGAGGUGGAGCAGAGCCCCAUUUACACACCAGGGGGGUCGGAGGAGAGAGGUGGGACACACAUUAGCUGUGAACCCAUCACGCAGGUCAACACCUGGCUGGGCCGGAGCGUCUCCUCGGACCACUCCUAUGCUGCCGAUCCCGUCACGCGCCCGCCUGCCGCGGACGGCGAGCCCCUCUUCCUGGAGGACGUGCAGACGGACGAGGACAAGCUCAACUGCAGCCUCCUGUGCUCCGAGUCCACCUUCAUGCCCGUCGCAUCUGGCAUGUUUCCCCUGUCCCCCACCCGUCAGCUCCAGCUCGAGAGCGUGGAGGAGCCCGCCCUGAACUUGACCAGCUGCAGCGACACGCGGGAGGAGCAGCUGGUGGCAAAGGGGCAGGGGGCGGCCGCAGCGGGGCUACCCGACUCACACAUGCCCAGCAUGGGCUUCCUCGCGUGCACCGCCGACUGCCUUCAGUCAGGCUGCCAGCACCUGGACCAGGUGCAUGCCUUCGAGGAGUGUUCUGACUGCUCUCCCGUAGACGGGGAGCAGCAGGGCCGGACCAGCGGGGAGAGGAGUCCUGACUUGGACGAAGCAGCUGUGAAAAUCCAGGCGUGGUGGCGGGGCCUGUGGACCAGGCGUUUCCACCCCGCGGCAAAGGAGGUCCGCGCGGAAAUCCGCCUCCGCCGAAUGCAGGAGCACAUAGUGUUUCUGUCCGACGAGCUGGCUCGGUUAAGAAAAGAGCGGGAGGAGGAGAGAAUCCAGAGGCUCGUGCAAGAAGAAGCUGUCAAAUUCCUAUGGAAACAACUUCAGACCUUCCAGUUGUGGCAGCAGUCUGUCAACCAGCAGCUCCAGACCUUCUCCCAGCUCGGAGCCCCUGUGUCCAGCACCGCAUUUGGGCUGGCUUCCUCCAGUCUGUGUGAGUCUCCGUCCCAGGACUCCUUGGCUCCCAACGCGGACAGUCCCGCUGCCCGCUGCUGUGAGCGCUCCUUCCCCGACUCGGGCUUCCAUUCUUCGGGUGAGCCGCGGGGAGCUCUGGCCACCAGCCACAGCGCCAUGGACGACAGCUCGAGCUCGGCCACGGGGGACACCCUGGAGACGGUGCGCCCCGUGGCUGAUGGGAAGAAGGACGUCGCCGACGCGGGUAGCCGGGACAGCUCUCGCAGCGAGCAGGACAGCAGCCUCCUACAGCAGUACCUCACCUCGGUCCGGCAGCUGGAGGAAGCUGAGGAGGAGGAGGAGGAGGAGGAGGCAGGGAAGAGGACAGACAGCCCUAUCCCCCUGACAGCCCAAGAGAGGAGCUGUCCUCUGCCUCCAGCUCCCGAAGAGACCCCCCCUGCCUUCGAAACAGAUGAAGUUCCCCACCUGGAGAGAGAAGGGGAACCUGAGAGGCAGGCCCUGCUCCUGGGAGUGGGAGUGUGACGGAGCGGGGGAGUUGGGGAGUAGACACGACCACUUUUUGGAGUGCUAGCGCACCACGUUGGUCUCUCCUCACACCAGGAAGCUGACGUGUCUCUCGGCGCCAGCUCACAGACUGUUGAUCUGAAGUGCGGUGUGGACAUUACUGAUCGGCAUGAUAACCUGGGUACCUAUCUAUCCUGCCUGGUACCUUUUACACGCUUUUCCUUGUUUAUCUCUCGUUACUUUGCUCCUUCAUUAACCGUAGCAGUAUUUCCUCAGAGUUUUCCAAACAUCCUUCUUUUCUUACAGAAACACUUAUUGGUCAAACUUUCACAGACUCAUCAUUUGAACAUUUAUGCCCUGGGGCCUUUGAGUAAAUAAAAUCCAUGGAUGUUUCCCAAUAGUGUUUUUUAUUUUUAAAAGCCAGAAAUAGCAGAAUUAUUUCCUUGAGGUUCUUUUAUGUGUGUUCAAAAUCAACAAUUCUUUCAGAUCCUAAUACAGUCAGUAAAUGAAUCUUGCAUGAUUAUGCUGAUGCUGUGCCGAUUAAUAAUGAAUGUGAUUUCAUUUUCGUGUUAUUAAGAAUCCCUUGACAUUCAAAUACCCCGCCUCCAUUAUUUUACUUUUUGUGUUCAAAAUCCUGAAUGUGAGGCUUUGGGAAAUUGGAAUAAUGUAACUUUACAACAUUAAGCACACAGUACCAUUUAGUAUUGGUUGUCAGUUAUUGUGAAUUGCUGCAUUUUGUAUCAUUCUCAAAUUUAUUUGCCAGCUUUUAUUUGUAGGAAAUGUAAAUUGUGCACCCACCUAACCUUAAAUAGUUUGAAAUGGUGUCCCCUUUACUAAAAUGCUGAGAAGUAUAUGAAUAAUACUGAAUUCUAGCACUUGGAUAUUGCUGAUGUGAACCCAUGACUGCCAUUAGGAUGCAACAGUGGCAGUGCACAGUUGGGUUUUCACUGACAGGACUAGCUGAGCUGGACUUCACAUGAACUCUCAAUGCGCAGAUGUCUCAGUGGCUUAAUUAGAGAUACCUGUUUUCCAGCUGGCAUUCAAACUGUUUGCAUUCCGCUGGUGAUGGCUUGUUAGUUCUUACUGAAAAGGUUUCAUUGGUAAUUGAAAUUCAGUAGCAGCUAGUUAUAUACAGACAUACUUUGAGGAUCUUAUAUUUAAAAUAAGCCCUUAGUUUUUUUCAUUGGUGACUGACGAUAUGAGGAAAACCCUCGAGUUCCAACUGCAGUUUCCAAAGAUCAAUGAUGAAUGACUUGAGCAUUUCUCUGCUUUACCAUAUUGUAAAGCCUUUAACCUGUUGUUGAGUAAUUCAUGACUGUUAUGUUAUAUAUAAAAAUAAAACUCAGUAACAUAUUUACAUAGUAAAAUAUAGCUAAUGCAUGGUAAAUAUACAGGAUUAAGAAAACUGUUUCUGCUCAUAAUUCUUCAUCUGACUGUUAAAGUACAUUUUGGAACCAUGCACUGCUAUGUUAAUUGUCUUAAAUAUUACUGGGAACCUUUUUUGGAAAGAAGAAGGGCAAAGUACAGCUUACUAUAGAAUGUAGCCUUGCACAGAAUGAGUAAUGUUCCUACAAUAAAGAUUUAUAGGGCCUGUUUUAUGACCAUUUAGUGAAAGCAAACAUUUUCUCCUUCAUUUACAGGCUGUCAGAAGUGAGAUCAGUGGAUGCCAAGUUAAACUAUUACAAAGGCAGAACUGUUUUGGAGAAAUGCAUAGUACAUUCAAUGGAAGGAAGUAUUUUAAAGCUUUAGUUCCUCCAUUAAGUCAGCCACAUGAAGUAAAUGUUAGCUGUGUGGCUUUCUUUUUUUAAUGCUCAGAUUAAUUAAGCAUGCAAGGUCCAUAUGGACGCAAGUCUCUGUAGCACUUAAGAAGUUCAAACUUAUAAAUAGAACAAUGUUUUGUAAAUAAAAUAUGUACAUUUA